UCUAAUUUGUUGUUUCUCAACCUACUAUGCAGUGCGAUCAGGAGAAGCAGGGCAUUGUGACAUCACCAGAGAAAAUGGAUGAGUAUGUGCGCGAGAAUGGUUUCGCCGGUUGGUAUGAGACAUCAGCCAAGGAAAAUAUCAACAUAGAUGAAGCAGCAAGGGCUUUGGUGAAUAAGAUUUUACUCAACGACAAGCUGAUCAGCGCCGCCGAUCUGGCAGACAGCGAGAAAUUUAAUUUGAACAGUUCCAUGGAACAGACGACAUCAGAAAGCAAAAGCAAAUGUUCGUGCUGACCAGUUUUUACUGAGAAAAUUCAUUGAAAGCGUAGUUUCGACAAUAAAUUUCUCCAUAAAGCUGGGAUUUUUGAAAAUUUAAAGGAAUCGAGUUUUUUUUUGUUUUUGAUACGGCAAACUGGAAAUUCUCGCUCGACACUAUGCAUUUUGCAACCGUUUCAUGGAUCCUGCGCCAACAAAACAGGCAUGCAUUUUCCAAGGUCAUUGCUGUUAGCCGAGGACGCAUCGAAAUUUUUAAAAUAUGUUACUAAUUAAAAACAAA